GUUGAUGCUGGCAGGGUUGGUCUUGUAGAGUGCAACGCUGAUCCGCCGAGAGCUGCCAGGGAUGCAAUCCACCCAAAGGAUGGAAGCACAAGUUGUGACAUUGCUUCUGCCGAGGACCAAGAGAAGCUGGGACCAGCCAAGACCAAGAAUGUUCAUGCCGUGGAAGAUCAGGAGGCGCUGCUGCCAGAUGUCAUCGUCAGAACGAGUGAAUGUACAGAUAGCACUGCUGCCGAAGAUCAAGACAAGGCACUGCAGCAAUGUGACACUCGUGAAUUGGGAACAACCAAGAAAGACGGUGAUGCCAGGGAUGAUCAGGAGGCGGUGGAGCAAGGUGUCAUCGACAAAGAGGGUCCAGUCAUGAAUGCUGUCAAAAAUCAUCAAGUCGCGGGGCAAAUAGUCAUGGCUGGAAUGCGCGCUACCGUAGAUGAUAUUGCUGUCCAGGAUCAACACAAGGGAUUGGACGCCACUUAUGACUUGGGAGCUGUCGAGAAUGGUGAUGCUGCGCAAGAUCGGGAGGUGGUGGGGCAAGGUGUUGUUGGGAAAGAGGGUUUUACCAUGGAUGAUGAUUCUACCCAAGAUCAGGCGGUGGUGGACCAAGGUAUUGUUCACAAGGGCGGUUUAACCAUGGAUGACAUUUCUGUUGAAGAUCAAGCAAGAGUGCUACAUUCAGUGAAUGAACAUAAUAAGGUGGAGAAUCAAGGUGUCAUCGACCAAAAUGGCAGACACAAGGAUGAUAUUCAUGUGGAGGAACAUGACUAUCUGAAGGAACAAACCAUUGAUGCUAAUUGGGGUACAUUCAGUGAUUCUACUCAUUCAGAAGAUCAGAAGAAUAAGGCUGGGCUGUACAAUGGUGAUGAACAGAUAGCACGCAAGGACAUGCAUGCUUUUCACGUGAAGAGGAGCUUUUUGGAUCAAAGGACCGGCGACAAACAGGGAGCAAAAAAGUCUGAUUUUACUGUUCAAAAGCACAAGGAUGCAGUAUGGCGUGUUUGUAAUGAACGGAGUGCACCUGAUGAUGAUCUUGGUAUGGACAAGGCAGCUUCUCUGAGUAUCGGAGCAAUUUCAUCUUCUGAGGUGGUUUCAUCCACGGCAAAUGGCAGUGAUGUUGGUAUAGGGAAGAAGGAGAAGGUUAAGUUUCCCGUUAGUUAUCCGCAAAGGCCUGGGAAACUCAACUGCCCCUUUUACAUGUCAAAAGGGAGCUGCUCAUACGGGUUCUCAUGCCAAUUCCAUCACCCACCAAUUAAAGCCAAGUCAGAUGGUACACGGUGUCCCUCUGAACAAGGAAAUCCUGGCGUUGCAGAAAUUCUUGAACUCAACAGCAUUGGCCUCCCCAUACGAGAAGGAGCAAGAAGUUGCACAUAUUAUAUGCGGAAUGGUGCUUGCAGAUAUGGCAAGCACUGUCAUUUUAACCAUCCAGAGCAUGUCGUUGAUUCUCAGUUCUAUGCACCAACAGAGUCGGAGGAUAGUGCUUUGCAAUUGGAGAAGUCUUCUGACCACCAUACAACAGUAGAUGAUACAUCACACUUGAAGAAAUCUUCUGAUGAUGCAACCUUGGAUGAUACAUCAUACCCAGAGAAGUCUUCUGACCAUCCAACCUUAGAUGACACAUCAUCUAGCACAUGGGUCCUGCCACCAAACAUAUUAAGAAUGCUUUUACCUCCCCAAAAAAUACCGUCCAGUACAGAAGCAAAGGUGAUACCGGCGAAAAAGGAUUCAAAUUGGUCAUCUACUUCAGAUAAUUCUGAUGGUUGUUGUUCAGCUGAUAGUUCAGAUGGGCCUUUGUGUAAGCAGGAGCAUGUGGGUAGUACAGAUGGACCUUUGUGCAAGCAAGAGCAUGUGGAUUACCCUGAGAGGCCUGGCAGACCAGAAUGCCCCUUCUAUAUGAGAUUUGGUGAUUGUAAAUUUGCAUCAGCAUGCAAAUAUCACCACUCGAAAGACAAAUACUCAACUAGAGACAAUCUGGAAGUUCCAUCACUGGGAGGGGAACAGACAGAAUAUCCUGAGAGACCUGGGGAACCAGACUGUCCUUUCUAUAUGAAAAACCAGUUCUGUAAAUAUGAAGCACAAUGUAGGUUUAAUCACCCAAAGAAUUCAAAUCCUACAGCGCAGAGCCCAAGAAAUGCAAAAAUUUAUGUUGCCACUAAUGGACAUCGUCAAUCUGCCAGAAUCACACUAGAAGACUAUAUGCCCCAGCAACAGCAGUAUCCUGAGAGACCUAGUCAGCCAGACUGCCAGUACUACCUGCAAUUUGGGAAAUGUAAAUUUCUGUCUGCAUGUAUAUUUCACCAUCCAAGAGAUGGACUUCCUGUUGGGCGGAAUCCCUCAGGUCCAGCUCACUCUGAUCAGAUUGGACCUGCAAUACAUGACAUGCCAGACUGCCCAUUCUAUAUGAAAAGGGGGAAAUGUCAAUUUGGAUCAGCAUGCGAAUUUCGUCAUCCCAAAGAUAUAGGUUCUACUACAGAGGUAGCAAUGUAUCCCCAAAGGCCUCGUGAACCUGAGUGUUUGCACUACAUGAAUCAUGGCUUCUGUAUGUUUAAGAUGAAAUGCAAGUACCACCAUCCAGCAGACCGGCUCUCUAGUAAACAUUACGACUCGACUAGCCACUGAACUCGUCCCCCAUCUACCACUCGAGUAAAGCAGUAACAUACUGUUUACCGGGCAAAUGCUAUCACUGCAAGCAUUGUUCAGUUUCCAGGUGCUACAGCUAACUCAAGCUGGUAUGAAGGGAGGACAAGGGUCUGACAUCAGCAAUUGAGCAUAAGUCUGGAGCUAGUCAGUCAUUUUGUUUUUGGUCUAUGAUGAGUAGUACUCCCUCCGUUCUUUUUUAAUUGACUCAGAUUUAGUACAACUUUGUACUAAAUUUGAGUCAAUUAAAAGAGAACGGAGGGAGUACUUACUAGUCAUGUACUCAUGUCUGUUCAAAAGGCACUCACACCUUAUCGAUUAGCAGCCGCUCAAGCUAGGACAAUUGUCUGGUGCAGGCAGACUGCAAACUGUAAUCUGGAUAUCUUGGGAUGGCCUUGCUAUUGCCAUCUAGGUAGAUGUAGC